UCUCUGUGAGUAAGCUAAGAAUGGUAAUGCAGUUUCAGGGGUUAGAAAAUUCGAGUCACAUUAAUCCUCACCACAGCUGCACGCUGUCAGGAUUUGUCCCGGAAAUGAUGAGUAUGAAGCCUGCGAAAGGUGUACUAACAGAACAAGCGGCAGGACCUCUGGGACAGAAUCUAGAAGUGGAACCGUACUCACAGUACAACAAUGUUCAGUUUCCCCAAGUUCAACCACAGAUUUCCUCAUCAUCCUAUUAUUCCAACCUGGGUUUCUACUCCCAGCAGCCUGAAGACUGGUACUCUCCUGGAAUAUAUGAACUCAGGCGAAUGCCAGCUGAGACUCUGUACCAGGAAGAGAGUGAGGUAGCAGAGAUACCUGUCACAAAGAAGCCCCGAAUGGGCACGUCAGCAGGGAGAAUAAAAGGGGAUGAGCUGUGUGUUGUUUGUGGAGACAGAGCAUCUGGAUACCAUUAUAAUGCACUGACCUGUGAGGGGUGCAAAGGUUUCUUCAGGAGAAGCAUUACCAAAAACGCCGUGUACAAGUGUAAAAAUGGGGGCAACUGUGUGAUGGAUAUGUACAUGCGAAGAAAAUGCCAGGAGUGUCGACUAAGGAAGUGCAGAGAGAUGGGAAUGUUGGCUGAAUGUAUGUAUACAGGCUUGUUGACUGAAAUUCAGUGUAAAUCUAAACGACUGAGAAAAAAUGUGAAGCAGCAUGCAGACCAGACCACUAAUGAAGACAGCGAAGGACGUGACUUGCGGCAAGUGACCUCGACAACUAAGUCAUGCAGGGAGAAAACUGAACUCACCCCAGAUCAACAGAAUCUUCUACAUUAUAUUAUGGAUUCAUAUAACAAACAGAGGAUACCUCAGGAAAUAACAAAUAAAAUUUUGAAAGAAGAAUUCAGUGCAGAAGAAAAUUUUCUCAUUUUAACGGAAAUGGCUACUAGUCAUGUACAAAUUCUUGUAGAAUUCACAAAAAAGCUGCCAGGAUUUCAGACUUUGGACCAUGAAGAUCAGAUUGCUCUGCUGAAAGGGUCUGCAGUUGAAGCUAUGUUCCUGCGUUCAGCUGAGAUUUUCAAUAAGAAACUUCCAGCUGGACAUGCUGACCUAUUGGAAGAAAGAAUUCGAAAGUGUGGUAUCUCUGAUGAAUAUAUAACACCUAUGUUUAGUUUUUAUAAAAGUGUUGGGGAAUUGAAAAUGACUCAAGAAGAGUAUGCUCUGCUUACAGCAAUUGUUAUCCUCUCUCCAGACAGACAAUACAUCAAAGAUAGAGAGGCCGUGGAGAAGCUUCAGGAACCACUGCUUGAUUUGCUACAAAAGUUGUGUAAGAUUUAUCAGCCUGAAAAUCCUCAACACUUUGCCUGUCUCCUGGGCCGCCUUACUGAAUUGCGGACAUUCAAUCAUCACCAUGCUGAGAUGCUGAUGUCCUGGAGAGUGAAUGACCACAAGUUUACCCCACUUCUCUGUGAAAUCUGGGAUGUGCAGUGAGGAACAUCACAGGGGAAGGGUCUAGCUCCUUUUUUCCUCGUAAUAGAUAUCCGAUGUAUAACUUCUUUUAUUUCAUUUGUACCUGGUUUCACUCAAGAAUCUCGAUGAAUAUUUAUGUAGCAAUUAUACAACUUCCACAAUUGUAAAUACCAGGCUAGAUAGAAUUACUUUCUCUACGUUGCAUUUUACAAAGCUUCGGGGAAUCCUACACUCUCUUUGGCAUGCCAUUUGCCAUUUGCCUAACUGAAUUGAUCGUUAUUUCAAUUCUAUCUGUUGAGUUAGGGAAAUCUCAUUUUUCUCUUCAUUUACUGUAUUGCAUAUAUUUUAUUAAAGUGUUGUAUUCAGUUUUGACAAUAAACCAAACAUAAUGCCAACAGG